CUAAUAUGGCUGCCGCUGAAGAUGAAGGAAAGACUGGAUUAAAUCGCUUUGAAGCUUUGGAACAGUCCAUUGAACAGUUCAUUGAAACGACAAGACAAAUUGGGAUUAUCGUGAGUGACUUUCAGACUGGCAGUCAAGGUGUCUUGAACCAAAAAAUAACAUCCGUGGUUGAAAACCUAAGAGAAAUUGAGAAGUGCAAAGAUGAUUUUCAAAAUGUUGAAGUUCCCAUGGAUGUUUUCUCAUACAUUGAUGAAGGAAAAAACCCACAGUUAUAUACAAAAGACUGUUUAGAAAAAGCUCUGGCACAGAAUAAAGAAGUUAAGGGAAAAAUUGACUCUUACAAGAAUUUCAAGACAGAGUUAAUGAGUGAACUUAGUAAAGAAUUUCCGAAAGAAAUGUUAGAAUACAGAAAUUAUGUAGAAGACAGCCAGGAAGAUAGGUAAUGCAGCUUAGGAAGAAUGUAGUUUAGUGAAAGAAACAUUCUUUUCCAUGCCAUGAUGUGUACAAAUAUAAAAGAUUGUGUACUUAGAAGAACCAAUUAAGACUGUGGUGGAGUGGACAGCAAAUAUCAUUGAUGGUUGGUAGAACUCUGAAAGAAGAAAUAUAUAAAAACUCGCGUAUUUUUGAUAAUGAUUCAUGUCUGUUAUGUGGAAAUAUCUUAUCUUAGAUACCAAAAAAUACGUUGAAAGUGUAUAUGUACAUUUUGAAAGUGUGGAUGAAACAUUAUCAGGUAAAUUACGUAUCCUAAUAGGACACGUUCACUGACAAAAAAAUAUUUUGAUAAGCUUUUGGCUACUAAUUGGUCUUACUUAAUAAAUAAUAAAUGUCAGGUUGGCGAUGAUGAUACCAUAGUAACAUAGAAAUGAUCUAAUUUAAUAAACAAUUACUUAAUGGUUUCCGUGUCUGAUGGCCUGAUCCAAACACGCGGGAGUGUUGCGACAGUUUAGAAAAGCGCAAAGCACAAAACGAAGGCGAGGGAUUUUGCGAGCUGUUCUUAACUCAAGAAUCAUUCUCAAGUGUUUAAAUUAGGCCAUCAAAAAAAUAACAACAACAAGGUGUACUGUUCCAAGUUUAAUUUCCAUACGCGAAUUAAAUUUCCGUGUUUAGAUGGACUGAUCCAAACAUUGGCGGCUUCAACCAAUCAGAACGCAUGUUACACACAUGUUAUUUUAUAAAUAAUUUUCUUUAUUGUAACAUGUGCAUAGAUUAUCCCAUAUUCCUU